CGGGGGGGCGCCUGGCAGCGGGCGGCUCUCAGUCGAGGGGCACCGGGCGCCGCCGCCGCCUCUGCUCUCCGCAGUCCCCACCAUGAGCCACGCCGUGCCGCCUCCCGUUUUCCUGGCGGCCGGAGAAGUGGAGAAACAUUUCCCCGCCGCCAGCCGGCUCAUCUCCGCCCUGGCCACGGCCCUGGCCAACUUCUCCAGCGGCGCCGAGGGAGGCGUCGUGCAGCCGGUGCGCACCGUGGUGCCGAUCCAGAAGUACAGCGGCUUUUUAGGAAUCAUGCCUGCCUACAGCGAGAAAGAUGACGCUUUGACAACCAAGCUGGUGACCUUUUAUGAGCACGUGACGGAUCCUGCAGUUCCUUCCCAUCAAGCAACAGUGCUCCUGUUUGAGCCAAGCAACGGCACUCUCAAAGCUGUCAUGGAUGGUAGCAUCAUAACAGCCAAACGGACAGCGGCCGUUUCUGCGAUAGCCACCAAGUACUUAAUGCCGGUGGAUUCUGAAGUGCUGUGUAUCCUAGGAGCUGGUGUUCAAGCCUACAGCCACUAUGAGAUUUUCACAGAGAUGUUCUCGUUUAAGGAGGUGAAGAUCUGGAAUCGGACCAAGGAGAAGGCAGAGAAGUUUGCGCGCUCGGUUCAUGGGCCAGUCCAAGUCUGCUCUUCUGCUCAGGAGGCUGUCACCGGGGCGGAUGUGAUCAUAACAGUCACGAUGGCAACAAAGCCAAUUUUGCACGGAGAAUGGGUGAAGCCCGGGGCCCAUAUCAACGCCGUUGGAGCAAGCAGGCCUGACUGGCGGGAGCUGGAUGACGAUGCGAUGAGGAACUCUGUAUUGUACGUUGAUUCGAGAGAGGCUGCUAUCCGUGAAUCGGGAGAUGUCAUUUUAUCGGGGGCAGAGAUUUUUGCAGAGCUGGGUGAGGUGGUGCUGGGAACAAAACCAGCUUUGCGUGAGGAAACCACUGUGUUCAAGUCCCUGGGAAUGGCGAUUGAAGACACAGUCCCGGCAAAAAUGAUAUUUGAUUCCUGGUCGGCUGGCAGCUAAAAUGAAGAUCUUCCAAUAAUCUAAGCACCAAAACAAUAUUGAGAAUGAAGUAGCAUUUAGGGUUGCAUUCCCACUUUUAGCAGGAGCUGUUUUUUAAAAAAUAAAAAUGAUAACUUAUGCCCACUUACAAUGGGAGAAAAUCUCAUUGAAUUUGGGGGUGCUUUCUUUUGAGUCAAUAUGCAUAGGAUUGCAAUAUAACUUUUUAUUUUUUUAUAGUAUUUCUGUUGAGGACAAAGUAGUUAAAAUAGAAGAAUAGAAUAAACCAAACUUUUGUGACAUGCAUAACCAGUA